UUCCUUAGAGUCUCUCCGCUUCUAGAUAGAAAUGUCGUAAGGCUGGAGAGGCAAAGUCUGAGUUUGCGACCUUAGGUCUCACUUUCCGGCCAGUACAGAGAUCCCUGAAGGCUGGUUGGGUUGGUGAGGCCUGAGGAAUAGCUUCUGGGAUUUCUGAGAAGCCCUGCUCAAUACAACAUGGACCCUGUAGUCUUGAGUUAUAUGGACAGUCUGCUUCGACAGUCAGAUGUCUCACUGUUGGACCCUCCAAGCUGGCUCAAUGACCAUAUUAUUGGGUUUGCCUUCGAAUACUUUGCCAAUAGUCAGUUUCAUGAUUGCUCAGACCAUGUCUGCUUCAUCAGCCCCGAAGUCACCCAGUUCAUUAAGUGCACCAGCAGCCCUGCAGAAAUUGCCAUGUUCCUUGAACCCCUGGAUCUUCUGCACAAGAAAGUUGUAUUUCUAGCCAUCAAUGAUAAUUCCAACCAGGCGGCUGGGGGUACCCACUGGAGUUUGUUGGUUUAUCUCCAAGAUGAAAAUAGCUUCUUUCAUUAUGAUUCCCAUAGCAGAAGCAACUCAAUCCAUGCAAAGCAGGUAGCAGAGAAACUGAAAGCCUUCUUAGGGAGUAAAGGAGACAAACUGGCCUUUGUGGAAGAGAAAGCCCCAGCUCAACAAAACAGCUAUGACUGUGGGAUGUACGUGAUAUGUAACACUGAGGCCUUGUGUCAGAACUUCUUUAGACAACAGCCAGAAUCCCCUCUGCAGCUACUCACCCCGACAUACAUCACAAAGAAGAGGGGAGAAUGGAAAGAUCUAAUCACCAGACUUGCUAAAAAAAAGAAGUAGCUACUGAAGAACGCCGAUGAUGUUUGAAGUCUCCUCUUUCUGCCCUUCCCUAUGGUAACAGCCUCAGUGCCUGAGGGAAAACCACCAGAUGAAACUUUACUAUUCCUACUUCUUUGUUUUCUUGAAAAAAAUGUCAUCCUCUGCAUUAUCUGAAUGGGAAGUUUCACUUUAACCCUGAGGAGAGCAGUGCAUCCUGUGAAAACAUCUUAAACUUAUGUACCAAAACCUUUAGAGAGAGAGAGAGAGAGAGAGAGAGAGAGAGAGAGAGAGAGAGAGAGAGAGAGA